AUGAAGUCAAAAUCUUUCUUCGCACCGGUUGCAAUUCUGGCACUCAUUGUUUUAAUUAAUGCAAAUCUUACAGUUUCGAUACCUCAAAACAAUCCAAUCACUCCAAUAUCCCCAGCACCGCCUGUCACAACACCUCCAGCUGGCACUCCGCCGCCUGUCACAACACCUCCAGUUGGCACUCAGCCGCCUGUCACAACACCUCCAGCUGUCAUUCCGCCACCUGUCACAACACCACCUGCUACUAAUAAUAAUACAUUCCCAUCUAUUCCACCAGUCACUGAUGUUACCGCAAUUCCUACCAUUAAUACGAACACCACGACGACAUCUAACAAUACAUUUUCACCAAAUAUUGUAAACGCUCACCCUGGUGAUGUUAUAUUAUGGAAUUGGAAAAAUGGAAAUCAUUCGCUUUUAGAGUCGACAAUGUCCGAUCUAUGUUCAAAAAAAGUUACAGGAAUUUCUGUUGGACCAUAUGGACCACCAUAUACAUAUUCAUAUACGGUACAAAAUAAAACACCAGUUCUGUUCUAUUGUGGUGCGAAAGAUCAUUGUCAAAGCGGCGAAAAAAUUCUUAUCAAUGGACCUGCUGGAUUUUCAUGGGAUGAUACGACAACGUAUACGACCAAAAUAGUAAUAUCCACCGCACCACCUUCUUCCAACUACUUAAGUUCCGCUGGAAUACAACAUCCUUCGGCUGGUCAAAGGAUGCUAUCAUUUGCUUUAGCUGCGCUUUUCUCUACUGUAGCUUGCACUAAGUGUCAAAAAACUACUUGGGCUGGAUGUGGACGUCAUAUUCAAGCCGCUCUUAAAGGUGUCGCUGAAGAAGAUCUUUGUCAUUGCAAAAAAACAAAUUCUUCUUCAAAGGUGGCUGCCACUAAAGAAGCACAAACGUCCAACAAUCAACAGGCUAAGCAAGAGUCGUCAUUCAACAGUCAGCCAACUGUCCAGUUGAAAAUUUGA